AUGAUUUAUUUUGAAGAAAGAGACUCAAGGACCUGGACUUCAAAUGCAACCAAAGAUGUUGGUCCUGGUACUUAUAAUAAUUCAGUAGUUGGAGCUAAGGAAUGUCAUAAUCAUGGAGCAGUACCUUUCGGAGUCUGAGGAGAGAGGUUCAAAAGCGAAUUAGCUAUGAAAUUUGAGGCUUUACCUGGACCAGGACAUUACAAAGAAUUUCAAAUUCCAAAGAAGAAGCAGAGUGUCUCUUAUAUUAGUUCUACCAGUCGCCAGAGUAAUGCACGAUCAAGGCCAAGCAUGUUCAAACCUGAUAUUGAUGAACUUUCAAUUGCAAGCACUGUUGAUAAUUCAAAAUUAAGGCUAUUCUCUAGUGAUAGAGCUAGUAAAAAUAAUGAAAAAGGAAAGAGCAAGAAAUUUACUAGGACAAGGAAUAAGUCUACCUUAUCACACUCAAAAACAGUGAAUUCAAUUCCGUUCAAAAGAGACAAUGAUAAUAUUAAUAGUGUUGGGCCAGGCUAUUAUGAGCCAAAUGUUUCAGCUAUUCAUAAGAAAGCUCCUUUUACCAAAAUAAUGAAGAAUACUUUGCUUAAUAAACAAGGGAACAUGAAUUAUGUUCAAAGAAUUGUUAAAACAGUCAGUAAACCAAAGAAAGCAACUAUUCAUGAAAAGAUAUCCACUCAUAAAUUGAACAACCAGAAUGCUGUAUUUGCUUCGAGGACCGCCAGGAGCCCUCAAGUUAAUCAAACACCAGGUCCAGGAAUGUAUGAGACUGGAUAUGAUCAUGCGUACAUCAAAAACAAUCCAGAAGGGUUUGGAAGUACUACUGAAAGACAGUAUUUGAUCAAUAGAAAUGUUAUCAAAUCUCCUUUCUCAGACCCUACUUGAGUUACCAAUCCAGGUGUUGGCACCUAUGACAAGAAGAGCAGGUUAAAGAAGGAACCAUCCAAGAGCAAGAGUAAAAAGAUGCAGGAAAACCUGAAUCAGAACAGAGCUACAAUCCUUGCGAAUGCAAAAAUUCUGAACAAAGGAGGCACUAUUAAUGAACCACAGAAGAGCAAGGUUGAUCCACCUGGUCCAGGACAGUACGAUUGAGGGUUUAAUGAAGAACUUAAGAUUUUGGACCAUAAGCUAUCUGCAAGAUACAGGAAGGUUCCAUUCGGAACAUCUAGUAAUAGAUUCAAGCUGAAAGAAUAUGAAGAUAAUAUUAAGAAGAAUCGAGAAAUUGCUAAGAGAAAUGCAGAUAUGAGCUCAACAAGCGAUAUGAACGAAUCUCUCCUUCAAAUUAAAAAGCAAAGGAACAAGAUGGUCAAUGAGAGGAUGAAGGAAAUCGAUGAGUCAAGGCCUUCCCAUAUGUUUAAAUCCCAAACCACAAGGUUAGAGAAUGACCAUAAAAGCCAUUACCAAACUCAAAGAAAAUUUGAAGCAGAAGUAUACCAUAAUAACGUUCUAAUCACAGAAGGAAAUAGAAGGGAAAAGAGAGAAAACAACAAUUAUGUUCUCUUGAAAAAGCCGGUCGAAUACGCAGGACAAAAAGUUGGCUUCGACGUCCUUUCACCUCGGUUUGGCAGAUCAACUAACUCCUUCGCUCCUGGCCCUGGAGAGUACACUAGAAAUGAGUUAGACAGUAGGGAGAAUUCUAAAAGACCCGUUGGGAAUCCUAAAAUUCUUGGAGAUGUACCACGUCUCGAGGGUGUAAAGAGCCUAGGACACUUAGACACCCCUCAUUGUUAUGAAGGCCACUCUACAAUGGUGAAGAAGUCAUUCAACAAGUUAUUAGCCGCUAGAGAUCUCACUUAA